GAGGGGUGUUUUCUUUAGUUAAUCAGUGCCUGGUACAUGAAAGAUUUAUGUAACUGCCCUUCCUUUCUGGCUGCUGCUUUGGCCAGAGCCACAUCAGACGAAGUCCUCCAGAGUGACCUUUCUGCUCACUGCAUCCCAAAGGAGAUGGACGGCACAGAAGGGACUGUGGAAAUUGAGACAGUGAAACUGGCCCGUUCUGUCUUCAGCAAACUACACGAGAUUUGCUGCAGCUGGGUGAAGGACUUCCCUCUGCGCAGGAGGCCUCAGAUUUAUUAUGAAACGUCAAUCCAUGCCAUCAAAAACAUGCGAAGGAAAAUGGAGGACAAGCAUGUCUGCAUCCCUGACUUUAAUAUGCUCUUCAACCUGGAGGACCAGGAGGAACAAGCUUACUUUGCAGUGUUUGAUGGCCACGGGGGAGUGGACGCUGCCAUUUAUGCCUCCGUUCACCUACAUGUUAACUUAGUGCGCCAGGAGAUGUUCCCCCAUGAUCCUGCUGAGGCUCUCUGCCGGGCCUUCCGUGUCACAGAUGAGCGGUUUGUGCAGAAGGCAGCCAGGGAGAGCUUACGAUGUGGGACCACAGGAGUAGUGACUUUUAUCAGAGGCAACAUGCUCCACGUGGCAUGGGUGGGCGAUUCCCAGGUUAUGCUUGUAAGAAAGGGUCAAGCUGUCGAGCUAAUGAAGCCACACAAGCCAGACAGAGAGGAUGAAAAGCAGCGAAUUGAGGCCCUUGGAGGUUGUGUAGUUUGGUUUGGUGCCUGGAGGGUGAAUGGAAGUCUAUCAGUAUCCAGAGCUAUAGGAGAUGCUGAACAUAAGCCAUAUAUCUGUGGAGAUGCAGAUUCUGCCUCAACUGUUUUGGAUGGGACUGAAGACUACCUCAUUCUGGCCUGUGAUGGCUUCUAUGAUACCGUGAACCCUGAUGAGGCAGUGAAGGUUGUGUCUGACCACUUGAAAGAGAAUAAUGGAGACAGCAGCAUGGUUGCCCACAAAUUAGUAGCAUCAGCUCGUGAUGCAGGGUCAAGUGAUAACAUCACUGUUAUUGUGGUAUUCCUGAGGGACAUGAACAAAGCUGUAAAUGUUAGUGAGGAAUCAGAGUGGACAGACAACUCUUUUCAAGGAGGGCAAGAAGAUGGUGGGGAUGAUAAGGAGAAUCAUGGAGAGUGCAAGCGCCCUUGGCCUCAGCACCAGUGCUCAGCACCCGCCGACCUAGGCUAUGAGGGGCGUGUGGAUUCAUUCACUGAUAGAACUAGCCUGAGCCCGGGGCCCCAGAUCAACGUGCUGGAAGACCCAGACUACUUAGAUCUCACACAGAUAGAAGCAAGCAAACCUCAUAAUUCCCAGUUUUUGCCACCAGUUGAGAUGAUUGGUCCUGGUGCACCAAAGAAAGCAGAUCUUACUGAGCUAAUAAUGGAGGAGAGAUCAGUCAAGUCAUCAUGGCCUGAACGGAAUGGGGCUGGAGAGUUUCUGGCUUCUUUUAAUUUGGGGUCAACAGGGCAACAGAUAUGCAGAAUGGAGAGCUUGUCUCCUGUCUGUCCUGGGUUGGAAAAUGAACAGUUCAAAUCCCUGGGGAAAACAGCGUCUAGAUUGUAUCAUUUACGCCACCACUACUCCAAAAGGCAGCGUGGAUUCAGGUUUAAUCCAAAGUUUUAUUCAUUUCUUGCUGCUCAAGAGCCUUCUUACAAAAUAGGCAUUAGCCUCUCCUCCCUUACUCGAAGUGGGAAGAGAAACAAGAUGUUAAGAAGUUCUUUGCCAUGGAGGGAAAAUAGUUGGGAAGGAUAUAGCGGAAACAUGAAGAUUAGAAAGCGUAACGAUAUUCCAUGCCCAGACCUUCCCUGGAGCUAUAAAAUAUAAGACUUUUCUUCAAUGUAGGUUAGCUAGUUCUCUCAAAACACAACUCUCAGUAGAAACAAGGUAGACAUUUCUAAGGUACAUGUGCUUCAUUAUGAAUCCAUUGAUGGCUCAAUCUUUAAAUGUACAUAGAUCUCUAGGAAAUUCAAAAUAGUGUUUUCAAUCUUAAAAAAAAAAGUAUUGGCGGUUUCACUAGCAAAACCAUACAACUGGUCCCUGUGAUGUGUCUCUACACCUACAUACAGCUCCCUCUCAACCAUCCCUUCAUGUCACUAGUGGAAGCUUGGAAGUGAUUCCAGUCAGGAUAUACGGUAUGGCAAUCGCAGGUAUCUGGCCUGAUGUGCCUGACCUAAAGGAAACAGUGCAGAAUUAAACUGUUUGGGUGAAGGACUAAAAGUCACACGGGUCUUAACCGCUGAUGAAGUGAACCAGGACCAAAGUGCCAUCUUCUCAGACUUGAAGGCAGUAUGCAGUAAGAUAAUGUAUUCAUUUUUCAUAGAAAAUGAAAGGCAACUAUGAAUAUUUUUAAUUAAACUAUUUCACAGGGUUUUAGUUAUUUGAAAGUUUCAUAACCUGUUAUGGUGCUUUUGGUGGAGACCCCUGCGGCUGGCUGCCACCUGGGACUGGCAGCUCAGGGUGACAGUGGGGGUGAUGGCAGGCACGACGACAGAAGACUCAAAUGCCAUUUAAAGGAGCUGGGGAAAUAGCACUUCUCUAUUUUCUGAUUUUUAAGAAGUUUACAAACAGCAAAGGCAUAUAUGACUAUAAUAUAAAACGUAGUUUGAGUAAUGAAAACAUGACAGUUUUAACUUCUCUAAAAUGGUUUUCCCCAAGGGAAUGAAGUAAUUGGUACGAAGGAGACUGAGUGCAAACCCAGAGGCCAUGUGCACAGGACAAUGCAAAUUACCGAGGGCCCGGCCACCCGCUUCAGACCACACUGACAGGUCAUGUGCUUCUCAUUUCAAUACUUAUAGUCUACAGUUUAAAAUCAUCUACUUUUUUGCCAUUUCUACAGUUUCAAACCAGAAACAUGUCUUCACAUAAAGACAGCAAAUACGCUUAUCAGAUAUGUUCAGUGAGGCAGCCUGGUUUAUCUCAGUCAUGAAUGUUUCCAUGUUCCCCACCCUAUCACCCAUGGGCUAGCCGGGCCAACAGGCAGAAGUAGCCUAGCUGGACCCAUUGCUCACACAGUGGAGGCACAGCCACUGCCUAAUCAUGUUUUGUGUACUCCACAUAACACGCAGCAUUCUCCGCUCCAUAUAGACGAAGAUCCUCCGUGUCAGAGACAUGGAUAACUUGAGCAUAUCACAGGUACCGGCAGAGCUACAUCACACCAUCAAAGACCAAAUCCUGGCUGCUCUUCAGCAAUGGUUAAACUGUUAACCUACAGCUUUUAUUUUUCAAACUUUGAGUCUAAGUGGAGACUUUCAGUAUUUGUUUUCUGUUGACCUUGGAGUCAUUUAUUCUUCUCUCCAGUCUUGUGACACACUGCUGAGAAGGAAUAAAUGUGGCUCCACCUCAACACGAUUAGGAUUUCAUCAUCCUUCUGAUGCCUGCCCCAUAAAUGGACCUCACUCGCGGUCAUUUCUUGAAGCCUAGAUCUUGCUGACAACCCAUCAGGUACAGGGCCAGUUUCAAACCCAAUUUUUAAAGAAACAAGAAAACAGAGGCAGAACACAGGUGCACAUACAGCCCCAAAUAGCUAAGUACAUUCAGAAGAAUUUCUGUGGUUAUCUACUGGUAAUGUUUUUGAUCAGAAUAAGGAGAAUAGAAGAAAAAAAUGAGGUGAUAGGCUUUUUAUUGGUGGGGUAAAGAUGGGUGGAUGAAACUGGGGCAAACAGACCCAUUUUUGAAAGGUCUGAUCUGUAGGUCUGAAUACACAGCAGUGUUAACUCCAUUUCUCAUGUCAUUAGCUCUCUAGAAAAUAGAGAAAAGUACUUCUAGUGUGGUCAAGUUAAUAAACCAAUACUGUAAAAACUAACUCUUCAUCUGUUCACAAUGUGCGUAUUUAUAAGGUAGUUAGGUACCAUUUGUACGGUAAGUCCUUUAACAUAACAUUCUAUAAUAUUAAAGUAGUGGUUAUUGGCCUGAUAUAUGCUGCUGUUGGUUCUAUAAACCAGAUGAGAAGCAGUGCUUUGUGAAAUGCAGUGUUAAACCUUAAUGCCACUGGUGAUAGGAAGUAGUUCCCUUCAGUUCAAAUCCUCUGCCCUCAUUUGCUGCUUGCUAAUGUAAGCAAUAAGUAACCCUCUAACUAAUGGUAUCUAUACAUUGCUGUAACUUAUAUUUAAUGAUGGUGUAUCUGGUGAUUGUAAAAAUAUUAGACAGAUAUAAAAGUAUCUAUACAAUAUAUAUUCACUGUAAAUGCUGAGGUAUAGUCUGUGAAUUAUGUGUUUUGUACCUCUAUUUCAUUGUGCAAUUUAGUGGUGGUGAAAGUUCAACACUCGAUCCUUAAAGAGUGGCAGUGUCCUUUUUUCAGUUACCAUGAUCUGCAUCAACUUGUUUGCUUGCUAAACCAGUUUCGUUACAGUAGGAAAUAGCAAAACAAAUAUAGACAAGAACGUGUAGUAGUGAUAGGAAAGCAGACUUGGAGUCACCAACUGAGGGUACCACUCCUUGUACAUUCACUGUGAGUUGCAAAGGGCAUUAGUCCCUAAUUUCAAACGUUUCCUUUUUCACUAUUUUUUAGAUAUGUACAUUGGGAAAGCUAUCUGAGGUUGGCAACAUUACAGCACCAAAUCUUGGAGCUAUUAAUUCUAUUUAUGUCUGUACAACAGAGGUCAAACAGAAGAAAAGCAUGUAUAUACUUUUUCUUUACCUACAAGUGCCAUCCAUUGUCCUUGAAGUAAUACAAUUAGAAUCCAUGUUGCAUUUAAUUUAAGUAGGAGGCACCUUGAAAGCAACAUCUUUUCAAAGGACAAUGUCAGCGAUGUCAACACUAAGUCUAACCCUGACCACAUUUAUAGUGGUACAGCAUCAACACUGCAUUUUCAUGACCACCACACGUCAUUGCUAGAACACUGUGCCAGUAAGAAGUGCAACAUCCAAGGGGCAGACGAAAAGGACGCAGCUCAGUGUUGCAGAUAAGCGGCUGUGCUCAGGAACUUCCUCCCAUCAAAGGCUUGCUGGGCUUGUGUGAAAAAAAGAUCUAAAUUAUUUUAAUUUUUAAACUUAAUUUGCUCAUUCAAUGAGCUUUUUCACCUAAGGCUACAAAAGAGGACACUACAGUUUUGUUCAGAUCUUUGUUUGGAAAACUUUUCUUUGGAUCACAAAUUACUAAAAGAUUUGUUUUCACCUUUCAAAAACAGGAUAAAAGACAACCCCCCCUCUUCUGUUUUGAUCUAUGAAAAGAUGGUUGUUUCUUCAAAACAAAUGAUAGCCAGUAUUAUAGCAGCCAGACAAACAGAAGUGACCGGAAAAACGCCGUUGCAUCCUUCAGCAGCAUUUUAUCUAUUCAAGUCUAUUUAUUCUGCUAAUUGGAAACACAAGUGAGGGCAGGGGAUUCUGCUGACACAGCAGCGCUCUUGAAAAGGAAAUACUUUAAUUAUCUUUGAUGUAUUAGAUAAUGCAGAUACAUCAUUGUAAUCUCUCUAGGUGCUCUUUGGUGAGAGACAAGCUUUCUCUUAUUCAUGACAUUUCUCUGGAAAGAAUUCUCUCUGGAGUGAAGUGAGUGAAGUCACGAUUUACAAACCCACUCUACAGAUCACUUUUGAGUUGAGUUGUAAUCAUAAGUGAUCUUUCAUGUUUUAUUUAUUAAAACCAUUUAUUCAGGUAAGGAGUAUGUUGAAAUUUUGCCAAUAUCUUAAUAAAACUCAGCAAUUAAAAAAUA